CAGGAAAUAAAAAGCUUACCACAUAGCUCCUUUGUGAAUAGAAAAUAGAAUUCUAAUAAUGUGAAUAUCACUAUGAUUCAAACCAAAAGUAUGACCCCGUCUCAGGAGGUGGAGAAACGUAGUAUGCAGGGGUUUGGCAGUAGUGGGAACACAGGAAAGAGCUAACUCCUCCUCCCAUCUGGUAAGAAAACUGAAAAAAAUAAAUGGAAAUGCAUGCAUAUGAUGUAGAGAUGUGGACGUACACAUCAAAGAAUCAGUUACGGGAUCUGAAAAGUGGUCGCCUUUGGGAAAGGGAACCUGGCAGAAAGGACUGAGGAUUUCUAUUUAUCUUAUUCCCCCUGUAAACUAGGUGAUUCCUCCCAUUGUAACACAGAUACAAUUAAAAACACUUUUUAAAAAGAAAGCCAUAUUACUGAAUGCACAAUCCUAUUCUACUUUUAUGGAAAUACUUAGAUUCAGAUUAGUGACAUUAUUUGUAAUACAUUACGAGCUCUUUAGAAGAAAAAAAGCCUUUAUUUAGAUUUCUUUAUAGUGGUCCUCAGCCCGUAUUAGCAUUUCCAUUUGUCCCCAACGUAAUUAUAUUAACAUUACAUUAGCAUAUGACUUUGCUUUUUCCAGAACUCUAAUUAAGAUUUUAAAUAAGAUGUAUACCAGUGGGAAUCUCUCAUUCACCCACGUUGAACACCUUUCCUAUUUGAUUAUAAUUCCACUUACUAAUUCCUUCUGGCUUUUGUCUUCCAAACGAUUUUUGAUUUUUAUGACCUGAAUGCAAUUUGAACUGGUCCCCCAAAUGGUUUACAAGGCCCAGGUGUAAGAUAAAUUGGCAAACUAAAUAGAAAAGUAGACAACCAUUGGGUAGCGACGAAGGUUACCCCAGUUGAUCUGUUUGUUAAAAGGACUGUGCUAUGAAAUUUUUUCCAAUUCAUCCUAAGUAUUUUUUAGGCGCCUACUCUACACUGAGCAUUGUGCUAAUAAUAACAGCCAACAUUUGCUGAGUACUCACCAUGUGCUAGGUUCUAAUUGCUUUACCUACUCCUCAUUUAAUUAUUGCAGGAACCCUAUGAAGUAAAUACCAUUAUUAUCCCCAAUUUGCCAGCAAGGAAAAUGACACAUGGAGAGAUGAAGUAUGUUUCCAGAAUUCCCUAACAAAUGGGACUCAAACCCAGAAUCCAGUGCUGAGUCAGUGCUGUAGGCAACAAAGAAGACAGAAUCAAGGAAGUCUCCUAAGUUCCUGCCUUGAGCAACUAGAUGGAUGGGAUGCCAUUUACCAAGAUGGAAAAUUCAGGAAGAGCAGCGUAUUCAAGAAUGGCAUUGAAAGAAGAGGACUGACCUUGUGAGCAACGAACAAGCCGUCUGGCCCCUUAGCUGUCUGGCUUCUUCCAGUAGGCUUUGGACAACAGAAAAACGGAGGGGUGGGGAAGAUCCAACCAGCAGAAGAUGAGAGGCAUGUCUUAUUUUUGAAUACCACAGAAGACAUAUAAGAUAUUUUUUCUGUCUUCAAAGAGCGUAUCUUAUAUCUGGAGAGGGAAAAAAGUAACAUACAGGAAACAGAGAACAAUUGAAUAUGACAUUAUAUGGUUACUGAAAAAGAAGCCCAAUCAGUUGUUCAGAAAAGGUCAUGGAAGCGCCCGGCAGCAGAUUGGAGCCGCCACCGCUCCCCGAGUACAGCUGCAGCUACGUGGUGUCGCGGCCGGUCUACAGCGAGCUCGCCUUCCAGCAGCAGUACGAGCGGCGCCUGCAGGAGCGCAAGACGCUGCGGGAGAGUCUGGCCAAGGGCUGCAGUUGUUCGAGAAAGAGAGGCCUGGCUGUGUUGAAGACUCUCUUGCCCAUCCUGGACUGGCUCCCCAAGUACCGAAUCAAGGAAUGGCUGCUUAGUGACAUCAUCUCGGGAGUUAGUACUGGCCUGGUGGGCACCCUGCAAGGCAUGGCGUAUGCUCUCCUGGCUGCCGUUCCUGUCGGAUAUGGUCUCUACUCUGCUUUUUUCCCUAUCCUAACAUAUUUUAUCUUUGGAACAUCAAGACACAUCUCAGUUGGGCCUUUCCCUGUGGUCAGUUUAAUGGUGGGAUCUGUUGUUCUGAGCAUGGCCCCCGACGAACACUUUCGCAUAUCCAGCAGUAAUGGCACUGCACUCAAUGCCACCGUGAUAGACUCUGAGGCUAGAGACGCAACAAGAGUAUUGAUUGCAAGCACCCUUACUCUUCUGGUUGGCAUCAUACAGUUGAUAUUUGGAGCUUUGCAGAUCGGAUUCAUAGUGAGGUACUUGGCAGAUCCUUUGGUUGGCGGAUUCACAACAGCUGCUGCCUUCCAAGUGCUCGUCUCACAGCUGAAGAUCGUUCUCAACGUUUCGACCAAAAACUAUAAUGGCGUUCUCUCCAUUAUCUAUACUCUGAUUGAGAUGUUUCAAAAUAUUGGCCACACCAAUCUUGCUGAUUUUAUUGCUGGAUUACUCACCAUUAUCAUCUGUAUGGCAGUUAAGGAAGUAAAUGAUCGAUUUAAGCACAAAAUUCCAGUCCCUAUUCCUAUAGAAGUAAUUGUGACAAUAAUUGCUACAGCCAUUUCAUAUGGAGCCAACCUGGAAAAAAAUUACAAUGCUGGCAUUGUUAAAUCCAUCCCACGGGGGUUUUUGCCUCCUGUACUUCCACCUGUGAGCUUGUUUUCCGAGAUGUUGGCUGCAUCGUUUUCCAUCGCCGUGGUGGCCUAUGCUAUUGCAGUGUCUGUAGGAAAAGUAUAUGCCAUCAAGUAUGAUUACACCAUCGACGGGAACCAGGAAUUCAUCGCCUUUGGGAUCAGCAACAUCUUCUCAGGAUUCUUCUCUUGUUUUGUGGCCACCACCGCCUUGUCCCGCACCGCCGUCCAGGAGAGCACAGGGGGAAAGACACAGAUUGCCGGCAUCAUCUCGGCUGGGAUUGUGAUGGUCGCCAUUGUUGCCCUGGGGAAGCUGCUGGAACCCUUGCAGAAGUCGGUCUUGGCAGCUGUUGUAAUCGCCAACCUGAAAGGGAUGUUUAUGCAGGUGUGUGACAUUCCUCGUCUGUGGAGACAGAAUAAGAUCGAUGCCGUUAUCUGGGUGUUUACGUGCAUAGCGUCCAUCAUUCUGGGGCUGGACCUCGGUUUACUAGCUGGGCUCAUGUUUGGAUUACUGACUGUGGUCCUGAGAGUUCAAUUUCCCUCAUGGAACAGCCUUGGAAGCAUUCCUAGCACAGACAUUUACAAAAGUACCAAGAAUUACAAAAAUAUUGAAGAACCUGAAGGAGUGAAGAUUCUUAGAUUUUCCAGUCCUAUUUUUUACGGCAACGUUGAUGGUUUUAAAAAAUGUAUCAAGUCCACAGUUGGAUUUGAUGCCAUUAGAGUGUAUAAUAAGAGACUGAAAGCACUGAGGACAAUACAGAAACUCAUCAAAAAAGGACAAUUAAGGGCAACAAAGAAUGGCAUUAUAAGGGAUGCUGGUUCAUCAAAUGAUGCUUUUGAGCCUGAUGAAGAUGUUGAAGACCCAGAAGACCUUGAUAUCCCAACCAAGGAAAUAGAGAUUCAAGUGGAUUGGAACUCUGAGCUUCCGGUCAAAGUGAAUGUUCCCAAAGUGCCAAUCCACAGCCUCGUGCUUGAUUGUGGAGCUGUGUCUUUCUUGGAUGUUGUUGGAGUGAGAUCAUUGCGAAUGAUUGUCAAAGAAUUUCAAAGAAUUGAUGUAAAUGUGUACUUUGCAUCGCUUCAAGAUCAUGUGAUAGAAAAACUGGAGAAAUGUGAUUUCUUUAAUGAUAACAUUAGAAAGGACAUAUUCUUUUUGACGGUCCAUGAUGCUGUCCUCCAUCUACAGAACCAGGUUAAAUCCCAAGAGGUUCAAGAUUCCAUUUUAGAAACGAUUACGCUCAUCCAAGACUGUAAAGAUCCCCUUGAAUUAAUGGAAGCAGAGCUGAUUGAAGAAGAACUUGAUGUCCAGGAUGAGGCUAUGCGUAGCCUUGCUUCCUGAAAGUGGGCUCAGGAGGUUGCUAUAAGCCGGGACUGCAAGGCAGAAUUUACCCACCAACGUAAUUCUAUGCAAACAUUUUCUGCAUGGACUAUUUCUUUGGCCUUGAGACACUCAUUCUCUUUCCAUUCGAUUUUUUUUUAUAUCUUUUUUUUUUUUAACUUCUUAGCCAAUGAAAGAGAACGACUAAGAUUUAUUUUUAAGGCUUGAUUUAUAAAGUAAAUAGCUUACCUCUACAAUGCGCAAAACGGUGAAGAUUAUCCAGGUGAUUUAGCAAUGUCCAGGAUCUGCUGAUGUUAUGCUGCUGUUCCUUCAUAUCAGAUUUGCUAACAGUGCUCUAGUGGGGACUGGUGUACCCCUGUUUAGUCGGGGUAAGUGUGCCCCAACAGUCUCUGUGGGCAGGUGAGUCGGGAAGGAUUAUCGUAAGAAAAAAUCAAUUUCUGACUGACCGCGAUUCCCAUGAGCUGCAUCGAUCACAGUGUAUGGUGGCACUGAAUAAAUGAAGAAGUUUAAUCAUUAAUGCAUUCGUCAAUAAAGGUCUUCAAAAACCACUUUUAGUGAAUACAUCAACAAAGUUUUUAAAAUGCAAAUUUAGUACUCAAUAAUCAGUGUUAUUAUAUGUGACCAGAUUAAAAAAAAAAAGGGUCACUUAAAAGGUUCAGAAAUAGG